AUGGGUAAAAGAUUUGAUAGAGAAAACAGUAGAGAAAGCGGAGGAGAAGAAGAAGUUUGGUUUUGUGGGCUUAAUAGGGAAGUGGAGGAGCUUAUCACUGUGCUGGAAGAUGGACUGGAGGAAGGAAAUGUUAUGGAGGAUGACGUUAUCUGUAGCCUUAUGAAAAGUCUUGAACAAGAGAUCACUUCUUGUUCUUGUAGUGAGAAUGUAUGGUCAUCCCAGGGUGAGAUUCGAACCUGUGACGUGGAAACAUCAGAGGAUGAGAUAAGUUACUUGAUGAAUGCCUCGGAUGAUGAUUUGGGCAUUCCGCCUAGCCUCCCAGUGAUGGAUUUGCCUUGCUUAAAAGAUGAGGAAGUUGUAGAAGAGGUAUGGAAUUAUGAAGAUUGUUGUGAACAUAUUGUACUCUAUGAUGAAGGGCAGGAACGAGAAUUUUAUGGCUUUGGUAGUGGUGUUGAAUAUAUUCUCUAA